GCAACAACGUGUCAAAUUUCCCAUGAUAGUAAUCGCUAUAUGUGUAUCAACGUGUAUAUAAAUUUAUGAGAAAAUUCGCAUCAUGCCAUCAGAAAGGUUAAACAUAUUGACAAAGAUUAGAAAUAAUCUUGAUAAAAUAUCAUUUAUUAUCGUUAGACAUUUUUCCACGUUUAAUUUAUGAUCCUCCUUUUCGUUCAAACCAUUUUACCAGAGAAAUUUCUUACCAUUCAUUUCCAUACUUUGAAAAUACAUUUCAUUUACAACAUCGUACACGGUGUGCUUAGAACCAGGUCAAAGUUUAUCAUGUCAAGUUUGUUGGUAUUCUUAUUCACAUAUUUAUUUUUCUUAUCCUACGUCGUGUGUUUCUUCAACUCCCGGACAUUUUCAUCGGAUAGAUUUCUCGCGGAAAAUUAUGUUUCAAACGUUAUCGAGAUAUGUCAUUUUUAUAAAGCAUCUUCCGUAUUUCUUUUUUACACUGCUGCUUAUAUCAGAGAUUUAAAAGUUAACACUAUGGUACAAACUUGGGCACGUUUGUUGUCUCGAGAAAAAAUUUCUUUUAUCAAUAUACAUCUCUCGAAUAUGACAAAAACAUCAUGCUACUUAUACAGAAUAAGAAAACCAUUGUUCGUUGUAAUCUUGAUCGAUGAUCAAUCGGUAGUAGAAUUUUCGAAAGAAUCUCGUAUCUUCAACAUGUCAUUUCCUGUUUGGUACGUCAUCUUCUUACCUGGAAAUUAUCGUCAAAAUUAUUGUCAAGAAAGAUCGAAAAAUUUGUUCAACAUUCAUUUUAACACCGACAUGUUAGUCACCUGUCCCCCGGACAAUGUCAUGCGAGAAUGGUAUUCCUUGAAAGAUAAUGAAACUAAGACUUCUGAUUUGGCUAUAUUGAAACCUGAUGGUUCAUUUCAAUUUUUAACCAAUUUGACAAAGUACCAUAGAAGGAGAAAUCUGAAUGGAUUGAAACUUAGAACUGUUAUUGUCAAGGAUAGUCCAUAUGUUGAGGUAGAAAAAAAUGGAAAAUUGAAUGGAUUAUUCGGAGAUAUAAUAACCGAGAUAAGUCAAGCAGCUAAUUUUACAUUCAACAUCGUAGAAUUUGUAAAAGAAUACGGAAGAUGGGAUGAUGACAAUCAAAUUUGGACUGGUGCAGUUGGUGAAAUAGUAGCUGGUCGAGCCGACAUUGCAAUUGGUGAAUUUUCAUUAACAACAAGCAGGCUCAAUGUUGUUGAUUAUGUUUUACCCGUUUUAGUUAGUCAUAUGAAUUUUUAUAUAAAGGAUCCACUUUAUGAUAAUGUCAAAUGGACCGGUUAUUUUAAAGUAUUCGAUUCAAAAAUUUGGAUUUUUAUUAUAGUAAUCAUAUCAACAGCACCAUCACUUGUUAGUGUCUUGAAAAUGAAUGAUAUUCAAGAAUGUAAUAUUUAUCAAAUUAUUUCUAUGAUAUUAGAAAAUUAUCUUCAAUGUUGGGGUAUAUUUUGUCAACAAGGUCUCAAUGGAUUUUCUUAUCGACUGUCUUUAAGAUUGGCAUAUUUUUCAACCUUCUUAUCAGCAUUUGUAGUUUUCACUGCAUAUUCAGGAACAUUAGUAUCAUUUAUAACAAACAGCAUUCAUUCUUUACCUUUUCGAACACUUGAAGAACUCGUUAAGGAUGGGACUUAUCAGCUUGCAGUUUAUAGGGGUGGAUCAGAGUACGAUAUGUUUGCUUACGGCAAUGAUUCAACAUCGAAAAAGAUUAUGAAAAUCAUGAGAAAGGAAAAUGAAUUACCAACAACAGCUUUGGAAGCUCUUCUAUUGGUUUGUAAAAGCAAACGAAGAGUUACAUUUUUUACAAGUGUGGAUAUAAAAUUGUCGAUACGAAAUCAUUCAUUAUGUAACUUGAUUACAAUAAAUGGUGGACAUAUAAAUACAUUGUCGAUGAUACUGACUAAAAAUAAUCCAUUUGUCGAUUUGAUUAAUCAUCAUUUGAGGCAGUUUUUGUUCAAUGGUGUCAUUGAUCGUCUCAUCAAAAAAAAUAGGAAAAAUUUUAACUCUCAUGGUUUAACAUAUAAAAGUGUUUCCUUGCACUCGGUGAAUCCUAUUUUUGAUCUUUUAAAAAUUGUGGAUGUAAAAAAUGUUAAAAGAUCUAAUCGAAUUAUGUUUGAGUGCAUCCGAGUCUGUUUGUUGGGUUAUACCUGCAGUGCAGGUAAAAUUACUUCUACUCGUAGUUGGGAACUUAGUCGUUCGUAG